AUGUGCCUACUGACGCCCGCACAUGAGUCAGCGGCUACGCACUUCCUUAUUCAACAUGGCUGCCAAAACGUUCCAAUAUUUAGACGGAUUGUUCUCCAGCCUUCAUUGGUGUUAUUCUGCUCCAAAUUAUCAUUUGCUUUCGUGAAUAGAAAGCCAGUCCUCCCUGGACAUGUUCUUGUAUCUCCUAUUCGUUUUGUCAAGAGAUUUUAUGACUUAACAGAGGAAGAAGUCAUGGACUUGUUCGCUAGCACACAAAAAAUUGCUCGUGUUAUCGAGAAAGAGUAUGGGGUGACCUCACUCUCGAUAGCAAUCCAAGAUGGACCCGAAGCAGGACAAACAGUGGAACAUGUCCAUGUCCACCUGUUACCAAGGAAAAAAGGAGAUUUUGAAAGCAAUGACGAUGUUUACAGAGCGCUCGAUGUUCAUGACAAACAACAAAGCGAGUCCAAUGAGGUGGAAAAUAAAUUUUUUAGGAGUGAGGAAGAUAUGUCCAAAGAAGCUGCUAGUUUAGCUUGUUUUUUCUAA